UACAGUUUCUGUUCAUCUAAACUCUACAGCUAUGGACUCAAGAACGGUGUUUGUGUUAUUAUGGACGAUGCUGUCGUCCACCUCCACUGGAAUCCAACUAGAUGGAAAUGGUUAUGUUGACAUUACUAUUGCGAUCAGUUCAAAAGUGCCACAGGAUAACACGCUCAUUGAUCAAAUCAAGGACAUGGUCACUGAAGGGUCGAUUCAUCUUCAUCAAGCACUGGAUAAAAAGGUUUAUUUCAAAGAAGCAACGAUACUAGUUCCACCCCACUGGAAAAGUAAGGAUUUUACCAGAGCAAGAACAGAGUCCUUUGAAAAGGCAAAAAUAAUAAUUGAUACUGCUAAACCAGCAUACGGUGAUGAACCCUACACUCAUCAGUAUGGUGAAUGUGGAGUUGAGGGUCAGUACAUUCAUUUCACACCAAACUUUCUCAAAGACGACACAGCCAUUAAGCUUUAUGGGUCAAGAGGAAGGGUCUUUGUGCAUGAAUGGGCUCAUCUGAGAUGGGGCGUGUUUGAUGAAUACAGUGAAACACAGCCAUUCUACCAGUCAAAUGGCCAUAUUGAAGCUACAAGGUGUAGCAACAACAUUGAAGGUCAGCUUUAUGAUGAAUCACUUGAACCGUGCCACACAGAUCCAAAAACUUUACUACCGACUAAGGGGUGCAAGUUUUUUCCAAACAAAUAUCAAAAAACAGACAGCUCCAUAAUGUUCUUCCCAAGCCUGGAUUCUGUGAUCUCAUUUUGUCAUGAAAACGAUCACAAUUAUGAAGCCCCAAACUUGCAAAAUAAAAAAUGUGGCAACAAAGCAACACGGACCGUUAUAUUUGAGGAUUCUGUGGAUAAAGACGCGCUUCGUUCUCUGAAACCAAUGCUGUCCUCUCCACCAGCGCCAUCUUUCAAAAUUGUGCAGCGAAUGCAUCGGGUUGUUUGUCUCAUCCUUGAUGUCUCAGGAAGCAUGCAAGGCUCCAGAAUCCUUCGACUACAGCAGGCUGCCACAUAUUUCCUGCGGAACAUCAUUGAGGAUCAAGCCAGUGUUGGAAUUGUGUCCUUUAGUUCUGAUGCUUCAACUCUGAGCCCCUUGACUACCAUUGACAAUGACUCCACACGAGAAAAACUCAUCAAACUGUUGCCAAACACAGCAAAUGGAGGGACAUACAUGUGUAAAGGCCUCACGCUAGGCUUACAGGUACUCAAAAAAGACAAUGGGGAUGUGUUAGGGGAUGAAAUCAUUUUUCUGACAGAUGGUGAAGCGUCAGACGACCUUAAUAGUUGUGUUCCGGCCGCAAUUGAAAGUGGUGCCAUUAUACACACAAUAGCUUUGGGUGAUAAAGCAGAUAAAGCACUGAGGAAAAUGGCUGACAAAACUGGGGGGAAAUUUAUCACAGCCAGUGAUGACAUUCUCUCUAAUCAGCUACUGAAUGGAUUUUCUUCACUUACAAUACCAACAGGAGAUCAAACAAAAGACCCAGUUCAGAUAGACAGUGUGGGAAAAAAAACAUCAGACUGGUUCAAUGGGACAAUAUCAGUGGAUCAGACCAUUGGUACCAAAACCAGCUUUACAAUAAUCUAUGAAAAAGGCUUACCUCACAUUUUCAUACAGUCACCAAGUGGCUCAACCUACAAUCAAGUACAGAUGAGUCAUGAUGAAUCAGCAAAAACAGUCACUUUAAAAGUUCUAGGAACUGCAGAGACUGGGGACUGGAAGUACAGCAUCCAAAGUCGAUUACUUCAGUCUCUGACUAUAACAGCAACAAGUCAAGCGGCGCGUGCUGAUGUUCCCCCUAUUAUAGUCAAAGCCCAAAUGAACCAGCAGUUAAGUGACGGCACUAAACCCAUGAUAGUGUUUGCUGAGGUCAGUCAGAAUUACAAGCCUAUAAUAAAGGCUGAAGUGUGGGCUACGCUGGAGUCUGAAACUGGGUCUACACAAGAAAUAGAACUCCUGGACAAUGGAGCAGGAGCAGAUGCUUUCGAAGAUGAUGGCGUCUAUUCCAGAUAUUUCACACAGAUGACAAAUGGGAGAAGCAGCUUGAAAGUGAGAGUGACGAAUCAAGAUGGACAAGCCAGAUUUACUUUCCAAAAAAGGGGUGGUGCCUCAUACGUACCUGGAUAUGUGGUAAACGGUGUGGUGGAGCUGAACCCUCCAAAGCCUCCAGUUUCUAAGGAACCACUUGAGGUCGGAAGCUUUACCAGAACAGCCACUGGAGAGAGUUUUACAGUGGAUUUAUCAGGCUCACCCCCACCAAACUUCCCACCUAACAAAAUCACAGAUCUGAGUGCUGAGAUCCAGGAGGACUCUGUGCUUCUCAGCUGGACGGCUCCUGGUGAGGACCUCGACCAAGGGACAGCUAAAUCCUACGAGAUCAGGUGGAGCUAUGACCUUCAAAUGCUUCGAGAAAGCUUCAGCAAUGGUCAUGUAUUCAACACAACUGCCGUCUCACCGCACGAGGCUGGAUCAGUUGAACAGCACUCAUUCAAUUUCAGUUUCACAAUCCAAAAUAGCACCACAUUCUUUUUUGCUGUUCAGUCUGAGGACAAAGAAAAUGUGAAAUCUGAAACCUCCAACAUUGCUCAAGCUUCAAAGAUCCUCCCUGAUCCAAAACCCCAAGGAAUAUCAAACCCAGGCAUGAAUUUGACAGUUCUUGUCAUUUCUUUGUGUGUGGUCACUAUGGUCAUAUGCUUUGUUGCUGCUGUAACCACAUGGGCAGUGAAACAUAAAUAUAUUCUGUGAUUCUGUUGAUAAAGUUCCAAAACCGUCUUCUCCACCAGCGCCAUCUUUCAAAAUUGUGCAAUGCAUCGGGUUGUUUGUCUCAUCCUUGAUGUCUCAGGAAGCAUGCAAGUAUGCAAAAACAUUAACCUAACCUGCAAACAAACAUGCUUCCAUUAUUAUAACCUUCAAUCCUCUGAGAUGAGCUUAAUCAGUUUGAAAACAGUCGUCUGGCAACUGUGGUGAUUAUUGGUAUUGUUGCGAUCACAUUGUAUGCGUUGAAACAAAGAUAACGUCCUGUUUCUUAGACUACAACCAACAUUAAUAACUGAAGCAAAGAAAAUCCUUCUGUUACAAUUACUUUAAUGAGUUUAGUUGUUCGCCACAUGCUUGGCAAAAAAUACAAAAUACAGUUUGGUAAAUUUUUAGAUUUGUUUAUAUUGAAAAUGUUUGUGUUCUAAAGGCAUAUAAUACAAUUUAGACUCAGAUAUUGGCAGCUGUUUUGUUAGCAGCAUGUUUUAUUGGCAGCAUUUUUUUGCUUAGCUAUUGUUGUGUACCCUAGAAAGAAAGUACCCUUUGAUGAAAUGUUUUGUGUAUAACAUAUAUAUUAUGAUUUACUGUAUGUCUGAUAUCAGUUAAGAAUUUGUAUCUUUUUUUUAAUCAUGAUGAAGUGUUUCACCACCUUCCACUUGUUUAUACAGUAGAUAUAAACAUCACUAUGCCUCACUGUA